AUGACCACAACCACACUACGUCAACACUCACAUACCAUGACCACAACCACACUUAGCGUCACACGUCACCACGAUACCACACCAACGUCACUAACAUGGACACACCAACACCAGUCACAAAAUGGAACACACCACACCAGUCACAACAUGGCACACCACACCACGUCACAACACUGGACACACCACACCAACGUCAAAACAUGGACCAACCACUCACACGUCACACAUGGACCACCACACCACGUCACAACAUGGACUACACCACACCACGUUCACAACAUGGACAACACCACACAACCUCAUCACAUGGACACCACACCACGUCACAACAUGGCACACCACACCUCGUUACAUCUCACAACUGGACACACCACAUGUACACGUCACAACAUGCACCACACCUCGUUACACGUCACAACAUGGCACCCACACCUUCGUUACACACCUACUGACACCACACAUACCUCGUUACACGUCCACAACAUGGACACACCACACAUCGUUUACACGUCACAACAUGGACACAACACACCGCUCGUUACACGUCAAAACAUGGAACACACCACACUACACGUCACAACAGGACACACCACACCUCGUUACACGUCACAACAUGGCCACACCACACCUCGUACACGUCACAACAUGCCACACCAUACCGUUUACACGUCACAACAUGGCACACCAUACCUCGUUAACACGUUCACAACAUGGCCACCACCACUCACCACGUCCACACACGGCCACACCACACCCAACGUCAACACGACUCACAUGGCCACAACCACAGACACCACACGACUCAACAUGGCCACACCACACCAACGUCACUCCAACAUGGCCACACCAAACACUCACACGACUCAACAUGGCCACACCACGUCACGCGUUACAGCAUGGCCACACGUCACAACACGCACCGAAUCGCCUCAAAACCCGCCCGCCGAACCCAUGUUUUAUUCAAGCAGAUCGUUAUAA